AUGACUGAUUUCACUGAUAAGUUAAGGCCUGCUGAUCCGCAGGGACCAGAUAUUCUCGCUCAGGAGAGAUCUGGUUCCAACGUCAACAAUGACCAGUUGGCAAAGCAUCUCCUUUCGAGGAAUGGCUUUCUUGAUCGCCAGAAAAAGAUUCUAUCUGUCUUGGAGCCCAUUCCGAUUUUCUGCAAGAAGAACCAGCUGAACAUGGCAAGACCAGAUCGAUAUCAUCUUUCUCUUGCUCGUAGUAAAAUGCUGAGAAGGCUCUCGCUGAAGCACAAUUGGGCGAUCGAAGACUACCAGAUUGCCGAAUAUCUAAUGGACGAGAUGAGUCCAUAUGCCUUACAAACUGUCAUGUUCAUGACAUCUCUUCGAGAGCAAUGCAACGAUGAGCAAAAGGCUUACUGGUUGACGAAAGCAGAGAACUGGGAGAUCAUCGGCUGCUACGGCCAGACUGAACUGGGCCAUGGCAGUAAUGUCAAGGGCAUCGAAUGUGAAGCUAGGUGGGAUCCGAAGACGAAGGAAUUCAUUAUCCACAGCCCAACUAUCACCGCUAGUAAGUGGUGGAACGGUGCGCUGGGCAGGACCGCAAACCACGCCAUUGUCGUCGCACAGUUACUACUUCCAGAUGGAAAUACUGGCAAGUACAAGUCUUAUGGCCCUCAUCAAUGGGUUGUACAGAUCAGAGAUAUGAAGACGAACAAGCCAUUGCAGGGUAUCGUCAUCGGCGACAUUGGACCCAAGUAUGGUUAUCCCGGCAUGGACAACGGCUACAUGUUGUUCGAGCAUUUCCGCGUACCUCAUUCUGCUCUCUUGUCAAAGUACUCGGGUGUAAAUUCGGACACAGGGGCCUACAUCCGACCCGAAAAUCCUGCCGUGGUGUACGGUUCUAUGACCUACGUACGAGCUCAAAUCAUUAUGCACGCACGUUUGAUCCUGGCAAGAGCAGUCACUGUUGCAGUGCGGUACCUCUCAAUCCGAAGACAGUUCGCCGACAGAGAUGCAAAAGGUCCGGGUGCUCCAGAACAAGCAGUCCUCAAUUAUCCGACAGUGCAAGUUCGCAUUUUGCCUUUGUUGGCCACAACCUUUGCUCUUCAUUAUACGGGCGAGGCGAUGUACAAGUUGUACUACGGCACGCGACAAGCAAUCGAGCAGAGUGGCGACUUUUCGAGGUUGGCUGAAAUGCACGCUGCGUCAUCUGGGCUGAAGUCUCUGUGCACCACCCUUGCUGCUGAUGGUAUUGAGACCUGUCGCCGAGCAAUGGGUGGUCAUGGUUUUGGCGGGGGGAGUGGAAUGAUUGCCCUCAAUAAUGAAUACCUCUCCAAGCCAACCGUGGAAGGUGACAAUUGGAUGAUCACCCAGCAAACCGCAGCAUAUCUCAUCAAGCGAAUGACCGAGGUGGUUAAGAACCAUGAUCUGAAGCCAAGUGACUCUGUCGACGUACAGCUUCAAGCUUUCAUCCAAUCUCAACAGAAGCAACAAAACUUCAGCCUCGAUGACGACUUUGCUCUUGUCCAAGCAUUCCGACAUCGCGCAUCAUACUUGACAUACCAAGUAUAUGAAGCUAGGAUUGUACAGAAGCUGCCAUGGACUGACCUCAUGUUGCACCUCCACCGCUUGAGCCGAGCUUACUCUGAGAGCCUUCUUGUGUCGAAUUUCUACAAUGCCAUCUUUGAAGCCAAGCUCGACCCUCCAGUCGACUCGGCCACUGUCGACGUCCUCAAGAACCUGUACAGACUCUUUGCAAUCUUCACAUUGGACAUCUCAGCCUCAGAGUUCCUACUCUCCAAGGCCCUACAUGCAGAUCAGCUGCAAGAUCUGACUCCUCGAGUACUGAAGCUGAUGAAAGCCAUUCGACCACAUGCCGUUCGAUUGGUGGAUGCGUGGUCGGUACCAGACUAUGUCCUUGAAAGCGCUUUGGGCAGUUACGACGGAGAUGUGUACAAUCGAUUGUUCCACAAAGCCCACAGGGAGAACCCACUUAACCUGCAGACAUUCAAUCCUGACUGGAAGAGCGAGGAGAUCGUCAUGGGUGAAGGUGAGGAGACUGCGAGAAGGCGACUGGAAGCUUUGGCGCUGGGUGUUACUGGGCAUGAGCAGAUGAAGAGUCCGAGAUCGAAGCUGUAG